AUGGAUACUGAGGUUGAACUGUUGCGUCAGUUCGUGAAUGUUUGUAAAAGCAAGCCGGCAAUUUUGCACGAGCCAAAAUUCCAGUUCUAUAGGGAUUACCUUGAAAGUCUUGGUGCAAAACUUCCACCCCUACCAAAAGAACCAAGUGAAACGAAAUCAUCAGCUGAUCACAAUGAGGAAUCGCCAAUAAACGAAGAGGAAGUGGAGCCAGAAGAGAAACUGGAUUUGGACAUGUCAGGUGUAAUAAAGGGCGAAGAAGAUGAAUCACUUCCAAUGGGUGAUGAUAAUAAAGAGAUAACUGAGGAGGAUAUGGAAAAGGCAACUGAACAGCGGGUGCUUGCCGUGAAUGCAUUUAACGAAGGAAAUUAUGAAGAAGCUGUAAUGCAUUUUACCAAUGCUAUCAAAUUGAACCCAGGGCUAGCUGUUUUGCACGCGAAGAGAGCGAACGCGCUUCUGAAGUUGAAUAAACCAAAUGGCGCAAUUCGCGAUUGUGAUAAAGCGAUUUCAUUGAAUGCAGAUUCAGCACAAAGCUAUAAAUUUCGUGGACGAGCUCACAGAUUACUUGGCAAUUUCGUGGAAGCGCACCGUGAUCUAGCCAUGGCAUGUAAAUUGGAUUACGAUGAUGAAGCAAAUGUUUGGCUGAAGGAAGUCGAACCAAACGUAAAUUCUUCAAGAUUUUUACACAUUGAAUACAUUAACUUCAAAUUCUGCAAUUCAAGGGCAGAUUCGAAAUUUGGAUACUUAAUUCUAUGUAGAAUUGAGAUAUGGCAUGGUGAUUAG